CAUCAAGUAUGUCAUCAAAACGGUGGAGGUGGAGUCGCCCAAGACCAAGCAGGCCCUCAACGAGUCCCAGACCCGGAACCAGCACCUGCAGGAGCAGGUGGCCAUGCAGAGACAGGUGCUGAAGGAGAUGGAGCAGCAGCUGCAGAGCUCGCACCAGCUGACCGCACAGCUGCGGGCCCAGAUCGCCAUGUACGAGGCGGAGCUGGAGCGGGCGCACGGGCAGAUGCUGGAGGAGAUGCAGUCCCUGGAGGAGGACAAGAACCGGGCCAUCGAGGAGGCCUUCGCCAGGGCCCAGAUCGGCCAGGCCAUCGAGGAGGUCAACAGCAACAACCAGGAGCUGCUGCGCAAGUACCGCCGGGAGCUGCAGCUGCGCAAGAAAUGCCACAACGAGCUCGUGCGGCUGAAAGGCAACAUCCGGGUGAUUGCCCGUGUCCGGCCAGUCACCAAGGAGGAUGGGGAAGGACCCGAGGCGACCAACGCGGUGACCUUCGAUCCUGACGACGACUCCAUCAUCCACCUGCUGCACAAAGGGAAGCCUGUGUCCUUCGAGCUGGACAAGGUCUUCUCCCCGAGGGCCUCCCAGCAGGACGUCUUCCAGGAGGUGCAGGCCCUGAUCACCUCCUGCAUCGACGGGUUCAAUGUCUGCAUCUUCGCCUACGGCCAGACGGGUGCUGGCAAGACGUACACGAUGGAGGGAACCCCUGAGAACCCAGGCAUCAACCAGCGGGCCCUGCAGCUGCUCUUCUCCGAGGUGCAGGAGAAGGCCUCCGACUGGGAGUUCACCAUCACCGUCAGCGCGGCCGAGAUCUACAACGAGGCCCUCAGGGACCUGUUGGGGCAGGAGCCCCAGGAGAAGCUGGAGAUCCGGCUGUGCCCCGAUGGCAGCGGGCAGCUGUACGUGCCAGGGCUGACGGAGUUCCGGGUGCAGAGCGUGGACGACAUCAACAAGGUGUUUGAGUUCGGCCACACCAACCGCACCACGGAGUUCACCAACCUGAACGAGCACAGCUCCCGCUCGCACGCCCUGCUCAUCGUGACGGUGCGCGGUGUGGACUGCAGCACCGGCCUCCGCACC